GUAUUUCCGGGUUGUCCGGCUCCAAGAUGGCGGAUGGCGAGUACGAGUCGGUGCUGUGCGUCAAGCCGGACGUGCUGGUCUACCGGCUCCCCCCGCGCGCCUCCAACCGCGGGUACAGAGCUGCUGAGUGGCAGUUGGACCAGCCAGCCUGGAGUGGCCGCAUGCGCAUCACCUCCCAGGGGCAGGUGGCCUACGUCAAGCUGGAGGACAAGACUUCAGGAGAACUCUUUGCUCAGGCCCCGGUGGACCAGUUUCCUGGCCUCGCUGUGGAGGGUGUGACAGACUCCAGCAGGUACUUCGUCCUCCGGAUCGAGGAUGGAAACGGGCGCAGGGCAUUCAUCGGCCUUGGCUUUGUUGACCGAGGUGAUGCCUUUGACUUCAACGUGGCACUCCAAGACCACUUCAAGUGGGUGAAGCAGCAGAGUGAGCUGGCAAAACAAGCCCAGAAUCCCGACCAGGGCCCGAAGCUGGACUUGGGCUUCAAGGAGGGCCAGACCAUCAAGCUCAGCAUUGCGAAUAUGAAGAAGAAGGAGGGGGCGUUGGGGACCAAAUCACGUACAGGAGGCUUGGGGGCCCCCAGCCUGAUUCCCCCCCCUCCAGGAGGAAAGGGCUCCGUUGUCCCUCUCCCCGAGAAGCAAGCGCCGUCCCAUCCGGCACAGUCUCCAGCAGGCGCCCCAGAGGCAGCAGAGGCCUCCGUGUCUUGGCCGCAGCAGCUCCAGGUGCUUACAGCUGAAGCCGCGGCUGACAUCUGGGGAGACUUUGCUCAAGCUUCUUCUGGGUCUGCUUCUGCCCCCUCUCAGCAGAGCACAGGCUGGGUCCAGUUCUGA